AUGUCAACUGAUGGAUUGUCAUUAAAGCAAACUCAAACUAUUAGGAGACCAGAAUUUCCCAUUUCAGUAGUUUCUCUUAGUAAUGUUUUAGGUACAACUGUAUCACUUAGUCGUCUUCUUCAGUCACCAAAAUUAGAUUUGAAGAAGUCUACUGAGGCCAUAGAGGACACUAAAUGCAUUCUUCAAAAUAAAAGAUCAAAUGCUGAAUCUGUUUUUAGCAAACUUUACUAUGAAGUAAAGGAAAUAGCUGAACAACUAGACAUUGAACUGAAGAAACCUCGUAUAGUUUCUCGUCAAAUCUGUCAUCAAAAACCAACCUGCUAA